AUGAACCGAUCCUUGUCGUCAAAGGCGGCGAAGAAGCCCUCUCCGGCGCCGAAGAGGAAGAAAAUGGAUCAGAGCACUCGUAACCCGUUGAAGGAUGUCAAUGCCAUAAGCACCACUAGCAACCACUGCAGCGAGGCUUCAUCAACUUCAUCUUCAAUCUCCAUCGAAGCCCCACGAGGCUGCCUCAGGUUCUUUCUCUCUCAUUCCUCUUCUUCUAAUUUGAAAACUCCUAUACGCCCAAGGUGCCCUAAAACUCUCUCCAAAACCCCUAAAUCAGCUCCUACAGUGAGGCCUUCAGUGCCCAAGGAGAACCAACACAAGUUAAAACUCAAGUCUAGUUCUAGGAAUGGCCUAAAGUUGAAAGCUUGUCCAGUUUUAAACUCAAAAGGAAACUCCUUUCAAUCUGGUUCUGAUCUGGGUCAGUCCAAUGAGCUCAAAUCAGAUUGUGGUGAUGGAACCCUUACUCCCUUACCUAAGAAACCUACUAGGUUGGGUUUGGAUUGCAAACUCGUUAAGAGUGAUAGUAAAACUCCUCCUAUUGAGGCCUCUGUGUCUCCAGAGAUACAGUUUGGAUCGUCCGCCGUGUCAUCAGCCUCGCUGGCUUGUUAUGCUGCCGGCCAUGUUCUUUCGGGGAUCGCCGACAAGAGGAAGUGCAGGCCCAGGGGAGUUCUCAAUGUUGGAGAGAAUGAUUCAGGCUUUGGGAAAGGGAAGGCUUUAUGCAGCUUUGAGCGAGUGGAGGAGGAUGAUGGUCAAGGAAUGGUUGGAGAUCCUGAUGCUUCUAUGGUUCCCUUACCCACUGAAGCCUCAAUGCAUUGGCUUUUAUCACCAUGUAAUGAGGAAGAUGAGGAUCACAAGGAGCAUUCGGAAACUAGUACUCAGAAUCCCGGCGUGUCCCCCAUUCAUGUUCACGAAUUCUCUUCAGAUGUAUGCUGCAAUGACAAGUUGAAAAGUAGUACUCGCCGUAGCAGCAGGAUUAAUACUUGCAUUUCUCCUGGUGGAGUUCCUCAAUUUCAAGAAUUGUUGGAGCCCUUACAUGAGCAUGUGCCUGUUUUCUCUUCACCCCAUUGUACACCCAGUGGUGAGGCUCCACCCUUGAAAGAUGAAGAACAAUACAUAUAUGAUUUUGAUGCUGAGAAUUCUCCGUUUUCUGUGGCUUCACUGAGUAGCGGCAAUGUCAUUGUUACGCCGCAAUCAGACUCAAGUGCAGGUAGACAUGCUGGCCUGUCAUGGUCUGAUACAGACAACCAUACGAAACAUUAUGAUUCUCAACUCAAUUCAGUGGCUGAAGCAAUUCGGAUGGCAAGCUUGUCCCCAGACCGUCAUGGGCUGAUUGAGCAUCAGAUUGAUUCAAGUUUCCAAUUUGAUUGUUUAACUACAACUUGCAAUUCAAUUAGUCGAAAACAGAAGACGUUGGAUGAUCAAGCUUCCUGGCAUUCCAACUCCACAUUAUCGCAAUCCCAGCUGAGGAUAUCAUGGAGAGAAGGCUUAAUGAGCCGUGUGUAUGACAUGGAUGAAUGUGAUAGCUGCAGAUGUUUAUCAGACGAAGAGGAAGAUAUUGAUAGCUGCAGCAAUGAUCUUCCCAAAGAAUCCUUUCAAAGUCAUGAAAUCGCUAACAAUGUUGGGGGGGAUCAUAUUUUACCUGAUACUUCAUGGUCUGUUGGUAUACUGGAUGAUAAACCAGGAGUUGCUGAAAUAGUUAAAGAAGAUCUUCCUCCUCAAUCAUGCGCGGAAUCCAUAAGCACUGAUGGAGGCGGCCUUCUUGCUUCAAGGGAUUCAGAUUGGAAUCUCUGUUACAAGAAUGAGCUGUUCCAUGUUUAACUAAUUCAUCUUUUCUUGUAUGAUUGUAUCAGAGCAAGUCCGAUAAUCCUGGUGGUUUUUCUGCUGGAAAUCUAUUAUUACCACUCAGGGACCAUUGUGGUAUCCUUUU